AUGAGGAAGAAUAUGGAGCAACCAAAGCCAUCAAACCAAGACUAUGACCUUGAGCAACCCAUUGUCUCCACGACAGGUUUGCGCCAGGGGCUCACCUCGUACGGAGACGCUCACUUCUCUCUGUUCCUGCGGAAAGUCUUCAUCAAAGCCCUAGGAUAUUCCGAGGAUGCGCUCUCGCGUCCGAUUGUUGGAAUCAUCAAUACGGGCUCGGGCUUCAACCCUUGCCACGGUAACACGCCGCAGCUCAUGGAGGCCGCCAAGCGAGGCAUCCAUCUUCAGGGCGGAAUUGCCGUGGGCUUUCCUACCAUCAGCUUGCACGAGAGUUUCUCCCACCCGACCAGUAUGUUUCUGCGCAACCUCAUGAGUAUGGACACAGAGGAGAUGAUUCGCGCCCAGCCUGUGGAUGCGUGCAUCAUGAUCGGAGGAUGCGACAAGACCGUUCCUGCGCAGAUUAUGGGCGGUAUCUCAGCCAACAAGCCCAUCUUACCCCUUCUCACCGGCCCGAUGAUGCCUGGAAGUCACCAGGGCAAGCGCAUCGGCGCCUGCACCGACUGCAGGAACAACUGGGCGUCCUUCCGGGCGGGGACGAUAGAUAUGGAAGAGAUUGGCGCCAUCAACGAGGAACUGGCACCAACGGUCGGCACCUGCGGUGUGAUGGGGACAGCCAGCACGAUGGCCUGCAUCACCGCAGCGCUGGGUCUGAUCCCGCUCGCCGGGGCCUCCGCGCCCGCUGUCUCCGCCGCGAGACUGCGCAUCGCCGAACAAACGGGCGCCAACGCCGUAGCCGCCGCCCUGAACCAACGCUCGCCGCAGAACCUGCUGACGGUCGACUCAUUCCACAACGCCGCCGUCGUCCUGCAAGCCAUCGGCGGCUCCACCAACGCCAUGGUGCACCUAAUGGCAAUCAUCAACCGCCACCCGGAAGUCAGCGGCGCGAUGACGCUCGAGACGCUGGACCAGAUCGGGCGCACGACGCCUCUCCUCCUGGACCUCAAACCCAGCGGCGACAACUACAUGACGGACUUCCACAACGCAGGCGGUAUGCUGUGCCUCCUGCACCGCCUGCGGCCGUUGCUCAAGGAUUCCGCGAUGACCAUCACCGGCGAGACACUGGGCGAGGUCCUCGACAGGACGCCCUUCCGCGACCACGACUUCUCGCGCAGCAUCAUCCGCACCAUGGCGAACCCGCUGCACCCCUGCUCGUCACUGGUCGUCCUGCACGGCAACAUCGCCCCCAACGGCGCCGUCUGCAAAGCCUCCGCCUCGAAGGACAAGCGGCUCCUGCGCCACGGCGGCCCCGCCGUGGUCUUCGAGGACCCGCGCGAUCUCGCUGCGCGGCUCGACGAUCCCACCCUGGACGUCACCGCGGACUCCGUGCUGGUGCUGAAGGGCAUCGGCCCCAUCGGUAACCCCGGCAUGCCCGAGGCCGGCAUGAUCCCUAUCCCGCGCAAGUUAGCCGUCCAGGGCGUCACGGAUAUGCUGCGCAUCUCGGAUGGGCGGAUGUCUGGGACCGCGGGCGGCACCAUCGUGCUGCAUGUCUCGCCUGAGUCGGCGGUUCCGGAGUCGCCGUUCGGGGCGGUUCGCACUGGGGAUUGGAUUGUUUUUGAUGUGGAGAAUCGGGUGCUCAGGUUGGAUAUCAGUGAUGAGGAGCUGCAGCGGAGGAUUGCCGAGCGGCGGAGGACGGUGGAGGAGUCUGAGACGUCCACUUGGAAUGAGCGGCGCGCUCGACGGGGUUAUCGGGGGCUGUAUGAGCGUGAAGUCAACCAGGCGCAUCAUGGGGCGGAUUUCAAGUUUCUCACGGCGCAGGGGCCGGGUGGGAGGCAAUUGCCCUAA